CUGACACCGCUUCCGGGGGCCACGACCCCCAGCCUGACUCGGGCCAAGGUACGGCUCCUUCGGAAGCUGAGGGGACGGUAGGGAGACGGUCCAGUGACAGAGCCCCAAGCAAAUUCGCAGUCUGGCCGUCGACGACGGCGGCCGUGUGGACGUGGAGCGAGCCCCGCCGACCCGGGCGAGGGCGCCCUGGAUGGUGGGCGCGGGCCGCGCGGCCCGGGCUUUAUGUAAAUCGGGGCUGCGCCAGGGCUCCUAGGUAGGAUGGCCCAGCCCCCCGCGCCUCGGCCCUCACGUCCAAUAAGAAGAGUCCCAGCUUGACACCUGCCUAUAUACAGGCGAGCGCGCCCCCGGCCCGCGGACCGCGCGAACAGCCCGCACAGCCCACGCCGCGGGCGAGCGACACUUCGGCCCGCCACCAUGACUUCCAGUAAGAUCGAGAUGCCCGGCGAGGUGAAGGCCGUCCCCACCGUCCUCGUGGCGUCCCUGCUCCUCCUGCUGUCGCCCGCGCCCAGCCUCGUCUCAAGUCCUCCAAGAUCUUUAUUAACAAUGAGUGGCAGAACUCAGAGAGUGGAAGAGUGUUUCCUGUCUAUAAUCCAGCCACAGGAGAACAAAUAUGUGAAGUUCAAGAAGCAGAUAAGGCAGAUAUAGACAAAGCAGUGCAGGCAGCCCGCCUGGCAUUCUCUCUUGGUUCUGUGUGGAGAAGGAUGGAUGCUUCAGAAAGAGGACGUCUGUUGGACAAGCUUGCAGACUUGGUGGAACGGGACAGGGCAUUUCUUGCAACUAUGGAAUCUCUAAAUGGUGGCAAACCAUUCCUGCAAGCUUUUUAUGUGGAUUUGCAGGGUGUCAUCAAAACCCUUCGGUAUUAUGCAGGCUGGGCAGAUAAAAUUCACGGAAUGACCAUUCCUGUAGAUGGAGACUAUUUUACCUUUACAAGACAUGAACCCAUUGGAGUGUGUGGACAGAUCAUCCCAUGGAACUUCCCCCUGCUAAUGUUUGCCUGGAAAAUUGCCCCAGCUCUGUGCUGUGGCAAUACAGUAGUGAUUAAGCCAGCAGAGCAAACGCCUCUCAGCGCACUCUACAUGGGAGCACUCAUCAAAGAGGCCGGCUUUCCACCUGGAGUCAUCAAUAUUGUGCCAGGAUAUGGGCCAACAGCUGGGGCAGCAAUAGCUUCUCACAUUGGCAUAGACAAGAUUGCAUUCACAGGCUCUACUGAGGUUGGAAAGCUUAUUCAAGAAGCAGCUGGAAGAAGUAAUUUGAAGAGAGUAACUCUGGAACUUGGAGGGAAAAGUCCCAAUAUUAUCUUUGCAGAUGCCGAUUUGGACUAUGCUGUGGAGCAGGCUCACCAGGGUGUAUUCUUCAAUCAAGGCCAGUGCUGUACUGCAGGAUCUCGCAUCUUUGUGGAGGAGUCCAUCUAUGAAGAAUUUGUGAGAAGAAGUGUGGAGCGGGCCAAGAGGCGCAUAGUGGGGAGUCCCUUUGACCCCACCACUGAGCAGGGUCCUCAGAUUGAUAAGAAACAAUACAACAAGAUCCUGGAACUCAUCCAGAGUGGUGUGGCUGAGGGCGCCAAGCUGGAAUGUGGAGGCAAAGGACUGGGCCGAAAGGGGUUUUUUAUUGAGCCAACGGUGUUUUCUAACGUCACUGAUGACAUGCGGAUUGCCAAGGAGGAGAUCUUUGGCCCUGUGCAGGAAAUUCUGAGGUUUAAAACUAUGGAUGAAGUUAUUGAAAGAGCCAAUAACUCAGACUUUGGACUUGUAGCUGCUGUCUUCACUAAUGACAUCAACAAGGCCCUCACAGUGUCUUCUGCAAUGCAAGCUGGGACUGUUUGGAUCAAUUGUUACAAUGCCUUAAAUGCCCAGAGCCCUUUUGGAGGGUUCAAAAUGUCUGGAAAUGGGAGAGAAAUGGGAGAAUUUGGCUUGCGCGAGUACUCAGAAGUUAAGACUGUGACCGUAAAGAUCCCCCAGAAGAACUCCUAAGAAGGCUAAGAAGAAAGGCGAUGGCCGGCCUACACCACUCUCCCUCUGCUUUCUCUGUAGGGCCCAGCUGUCAGGAAUAGAAUCGAGCCAAGGUCCUUCUUUAAAGGUUGAGAUGAUGACAUGUAGCAGGCAGGUCACUGCACCACUGAAACAAAGCAGCUGGGCAGRUUUCUAGGCAUUCUGCAAGGGAUCACCUUAAUGAUACCAAGCAUGGGGGAAGGCAAGCAUGGGGGAAGUCGGGGCAGAGGUAAGGGGACAAGCUGUGGGACACAUCCAAUAGAAUAGGGAAGCUGCUUACUGUCGCAAAGAACAUGAUGCUGUCACAAAGAACUUCCCUCUCCAGAGAGAUGGCCUUUGUGCCAGCUUCAUUUUCUUCCUUCCAGUUCUCCCUGCUCUUCCACCCCUCCCUCUCCUCCAAGGAGAUCUCAGCUGAGCUCAUUUGGGGCAGAUGUUUGGGCCGGGAACAAUUUUCCAAGGUUUUGCAGCCAAAUUACCAUUUCAUGUCAUCCAUUUCUUCAAAGCAAAACACGAAAUGGUUUUAGUUAAGAGUCAGACCAGCCUGGAAAGGCCAGGAGCUGGUGCACUUCAGACACUCUCAUGGUCAGAACUUGGGAUCUUCCUGACCCAAUUUGUUUUUUUAUGUCCAUAAAUAACACAUGUGAAAUAAGAUCAGGACAGUGCAGAUGAGAGGUCAUUGUGUGUAGCUCAUGGCUUCUGAGCUUGCUGUAGAUUGUGUGUGUGUGUGUGUGUGUGUGUGUGUAAUUCUUUUAUUGGUUGAUCUGGAAUAAGGAGUGUUUUUUUUGUUUGUGUGUUUGUUUUUGGUGAGUAAUAUCUUUUCCAAAGCUUAUCUUAAAACCAACCCAAAAAACAAUUCAAGUAGGCUUGGGAAGUUGCUCAGGUUGGAUUCCUUGCAGAAAUAAUUUGAUUUCCAAGACUAGCUGAGAAUUCUUAUCACGUGAACUAUUUCUGUAAUCACAACCCAUAGCCUCUUCUGCACCCCAGAUCCCAGUGCACCAGCACCUGUACCUCCUGUUGCUGCAGKUGUCUCUCAGGCCUGUCAUGCCCAAAUUACAUGCCCUAAUUCCAUUGGCAGCAACCUUGGAAAACCUGGCCAAGCCUGAGGGUGUUCUCUAUUUGUAGAAUGCCAGCAUGCCACAGUGUCCACGCUCUGCCAGAGCUCCUCUCACACCCAGUGGCUCAUCCACACACCAUUCUUGCCUCUCAAUAAGUGAGCUUCAGCCUACAGAGGGGGAGGCAUGAAGCAGGCCAGCCCCCUUCUCCUAGCUUGGCUCCUCUGCUUUCCCGUAAUCCCCCAGUUUGGUGUGUUAACUUCCUCUCCUUCUCCUUCCAGCUUCCACCUCCAAGCCAGUCUCUAACCUAGAUGAAGAUCAUUUAUUUAAAAGUACCAAACAUAACCUAGAGUAUAUGGAGUAUGGGCAACGUAUAUAUAGCCUUCUAUACUGAGCGUGUUUUUCUGCUUUCUACCUGCACCAGUUUUCUAUUUAUAACCCUCGUGUAUUCAUGAUGUUUUAAAGAAAUCUCUCCUUGCUGUUAUUUACAAACGGAAGUGCGUUCAGCUGCCUGAUGCCUUGACAGWUGCCGGCUUUCUGAGUUCUUCCAUUGAAUGCCCUGCUCUUCUCCUGUAGCGCGUCCAAGUGAACAUACAUUAACCAACUAGUUACCUUUGAACUGCAAUAUAGAAUGUGAAAUGAAGAUUUAUUUCUUUUAAUUUACUUAA